AUGAAGAAUUGCGACGCACGACCAUACUUGCAGCGUGGCGGUGAAGCUCUGAGGGCCCGCCUCGGCCAGGCCUACAUCUCUUUGCGUGCACAAGGCUCGCGCUAUGGGGGCCGCCACAAAUCGGCGUCCUAUAUGUCGACGGCGCCUUGCCAAAGUUGGGACUACGACAUCGCGAACCGAAGCGACAGUAUCGUCAGCCGGUUCGGCCUCGUCUGCGACCGCCAGUACCGGCUCUACCUGGGCAUUGGGGUCUUCGUCGUUAUUUCCGGUCUAGUGACGCCAGUGCUCGGGUUCGCGUCCGACCGAGUGGGUCGAAGGCCCGUCACCCUGGCCUCCGUGAUCGUCCUGCUGGUUGGCACCGUUGGCAACAGCGUCGCCGGCACGUUCGCCUUCUACGUCUCCACAAGGACCGUGGUCCUGGCAACCGUGAACGCUGUCUUCAUGCUCAUUUUCAUCCUGCUCUACGAGGUGACCGGAAAGGAGUGGCGGCUGGUGUUCACCCUUCUGGUCACAGCCGUAGGGAUGACCGUGGUACCUCCGUUCGUCGACGCUCUCACCAUAUUAAAACCGCACUGGGGUCUGUUGCACGGAGUCAUCAUGGUGCCCACGGGCAUCCUGGCGGCCUGCUGCUACCUGCUGCCAGAGUCACCCGCCUGGCUCCUGGACAUCUGGGACGUGCAGCGUGCUCAGGAGGGCGUCCUGGAGGCAGCCAUCCUCAACGGAUUGGACACCGCCAAGGCAGCGGCCACCUUUCGAGCAAUUCUCGUUAGACUGGUACAGCUAGAUCAGAGCCCCCACUCGUCAACGGGGCUUGUCGCCACCGACGGCCCCGUGCAGUCCGUGAAGAUGCGUCGCCGGGCGGCGUCGGUGUUCCUCACCAGGCUGACGCUCAGCGCCGUCUACUUCCCCCUGGUGGUGAAGGGGCGCGCUCCUGGCUACUACUGGUUGGCGGUACAUGCGCUGCUGCUGGCGGCGUCCUACGUGGCCGUCGGCUGGGUCAUGGUCAACCGCGGACUCCGUAACACGCUGAUCAUACUGCUGGUCGUCGUGUGCGCCUUCUCCGCCUUCCAGACGCUGCUGAUGUCCGUCAGUGGCCUCCAGCUGGCCAUUCCUGUGGUGGACGCUGCUCUCAAGGUCGCGCUGUCGGGCGCCACGAGCGUCGUCCUGUGCUACUCAGCCGAAGUGUUCCCCACGAGGAUCCGCUGUGCUGGUGUGAGUGCCUCGAUGUUCUUCGGUUCCGUCGGGUCGGUCCUGGGCUUCCUCGUGCACGCGUUGAGCAGCGCAAAAGCAGGCGUCUUGUUCCACGCCACCGCGGCCAUCUUGACCGCCCUGAGCGUCUUCGCGGUGCACUGGCUUCCUGAGGUCCUAGUCGAGACGCGGAAGACUAAGCGUCACUCGGCACCUGUCAGCGCCCAGGAGCGCAAGGAAGCCCUCAAGCGGUCACUGGCGCUGCCUGUCGACGACGCCAAGAGGAGGAGACGGCGCAAGGGGCAAAUGAAGAAGCCAACUAAGUCGCCGGCCUAA